ACCUGCUCGGUCACCCUCCGCUCGUGAGAAUUCUAGAAGGGUCUAUCAGAUAAAACCCCAAUCCUUAUAGGGUUUUAUCUUCAUUUCUUCAACGCCUUCACUCCUCCACUCUCAAAGCUCGGUCGCAAAUCAGAAUCUAUACCAAGUUCCCUUCCGAUCAAGCGAGGCAGUAGACUUUCCAAUGGCGACCGCUCAGCUCACAGCAUCAUCAUUUUCUACCAUGAAUUUGCCCUCCUUCGAAAGUCUUCGACCUUCGAUGGUUCAUGGUUCUGCGAUCAGACACGUAAGAAUAGGUGGCCUCACUCAAAGGUCGUUCCGGGGCUUGGUUGUUAAAGCCGCAACUGUUGUUGCGCCCAAGUACACCUCAAUUAAGCCUUUGGGUGACAGAGUGCUGGUAAAAAUUAAGGAUUCUGAAGAGAAGACUGAUGGUGGGAUCUUGCUUCCCACAACUGCUCAAACAAAGCCUCAAGGUGGUGAGGUGGUAGCUAUUGGAGAGGGGAAGACAGUUGGGAAAAGCAAAGUUGACAUUGCAGUGAAGACUGGUGCACAAGUUGUGUAUUCAAAAUAUGCAGGGACUGUGGAGUUUAAUGGUUCAAAGCAUCUUAUACUGAAGGAUGAUGACAUUGUUGGUAUCCUUGAAACGGAUGAUAAUGAUCUUAAACCUCUGAAUGAUAGAGUAUUGAUCAAGGUUGCAGAGGCUGAGGAGAAAACUGCAGGGGGGUUGUUACUAACAGAGGCAACGAAAGAGAAGCCAUCUAUUGGAACGGUGAUAGCAGUUGGACCGGGGCCUCUAGAUGAGGAAGGCAACAGAAAACCGUUGCCCGUUAAUCCUGGAAACACUGUUCUCUACUCCAAAUAUGCGGGGAAUGACUUCAAGGGCAAGGAUGGUUCUGACUACAUUGCGUUGAGGGCCUCAGAUGUCAUGGCUGUUCUUUCCUAGUGUUAUCUACUCGUGCAUGAUAACUUACUUUUUCUUUAUAAAUGUUUUGUAGCUGUUUUGAGGACGAUGGAAUUUUGUUUGUAGCGACUUUGAAAUAUGGUUGAUUGCAAUUUUGCUGCUUGUAUUUGGAAAACGUUUCUUGUUAGAUGUUAUGAAUUCGUUUUUGUUGCA